CCCCAGCCCCAGCCCCCCGUGCAGACACAGCCCAAGGGCCGCGACCUCUUCAGGACCCAGCGCAAGGAGUCCGAGGGCUCCGUGGACUGUCCCAACCUGGAGUUCGAGUACGGGGAUGCCGACGGGCACGGCGCCGAGCUGGCAGAGCUCUACAGCUACACCGAGGAGCCCGAGCUGAGCCACAACAGGAGGUGCUUCGAGGAGGAUUUCCACGCUCAAGUGCCGGGCAGGAGGUGGCCGGAGCUGGACGGGGCCCAGCAGAAAGCCUUUGUCAUGCGCCUGCUGGACGGGCUGGAGGUGGUCAACAGGGACAGGAGGCUCCAGGUGGCCCGGGCCAUCCUCUACCUGGCACAGGGUGUGUUUGGGGACUGCGAUAACGAGGGCGAUGUCCUGCGCUGGUCUCGGCACAACAGCUUCCUCCUGUACCGCCUGGGCACCUUCUCCGCCUUCCUGGAGCUGCUCAACAUGGAGAUCGAGAACAGCCAGGCCUGCAGCAGCGCCCUGCGGAAGCCGGCCAUCUCCCUGGCCGACAGCACGGAGCUCAGGGUCCUGCUCAGUGUCAUGUACCUGAUGGUGGAGAACAUCCGUGUGGAGCAGGAGGCGGAUCCGCCCGAGUGGAAAACCUGCCGGGAGACCUUCAGGAUGGAGCUGAGUUUCCCUGUGCACACGGAGGAGCCGUUUGCUCUCCUGCUCUUCACGAUGGUGACCAAGUUCUGCAGCGGCCACGCUCCACACUUCCCCAUGAAGAAGGUCCUGCUCCUGCUCUGGAAGGUGCUCCUGUUCACGCUGGGCGGGUUCGAGGCCCUGCAGGCCAUGAAGGUGCGGCGGCGGGAGGAGCUGGGGCUGCCUCCCCUGCCCGAGGACAGCAUCCAGGUGGUCCGGAGCAUGAGGGCGGCCUCUCCUCCCACCUACUCCAUCGAGCUCGUGGAGCAGCAGCAGCAGCAGCAGCAGCAGAAGCGGGGCCACCGCAGCCGCAGGCCCCUGGUGAAGCAGGACAGCUUGGACAUCUACAACGAGAGGGACCCCUUCAAGAACGACGAGGCAGGAGUGGAGGAGGAGGAGAACGACGACGUGGACAGCGGGAUCGAGGGGGAGCUGGACCUGAUGGAGCGGGACACCAUCGUCCCCCCCCUGCCCCCGCAGCGCCUGCCCAUCGACAGGGUGUCCUUCCCCAAGGGGCUGCCCUGGGCCCCCAAAGUCAGACAGAAGGACAUUGAGCAUUUCCUGGAGGCAAGCAGGAACAAAUUCAUCGGAUUCACGCUGGGACAGGACACCGAGACCCUGAUCGGGCUCCCACGGCCCAUCCAUGAAAGUGUGAAGACCCUGAAGCAGCACAAGUACGUCUCCAUCUCAGAUGUCCAGAUCAAGAAUGAGGAGGAGCUGGAGAAGUGCCCCAUGUCCCUGGGGGAAGAAGAAGUCCAAGAAACCCCCUGUGAGGUCCUGUAUCGAGCCAUGUUGUACAACCUCCCCCAGUACAUGAUAGCCCUGCUGAAGAUCCUCCUGGCUGCUGCCCCCACCUCCAAAGCCAAGACUGACUCCAUCAACAUCCUGGCGGACGUGCUGCCUGAGAUGCCUGUCACCGUCCUGCAGAGCAUGAAGCUGGGCAUCGACGUGAACCGGCACAAGGAGAUCAUCGUCAAGAGCAUCUCGGCCUCGCUGCUGCUGCUCCUCAAGCACUUCAAGCUCAACCACAUCUACCAGUUCGAGUACGUGUCCCAGCACCUGGUGUUUGCCAACUGCAUCCCUCUGAUCCUGAAGUUCUUCAACCAGAACAUCAUGUCCUACAUCACUGCCAAGAACGGCGUCUCCGUCCUGGAUUAUCCUCACUGCACGGUCCAUGACUUGCCCGAGCUCACGGCAGAGAGCCUGGAAGCUGGAGACAACAACCAGUUCUGCUGGAGGAACCUGUUCUCCUGCAUCAACCUGCUGAGGAUCCUCAACAAACUGACCAAGUGGAAACACUCGAGGACAAUGAUGCUGGUGGUGUUCAAGUCGGCGCCGAUCCUGAAGCGGGCGCUGAAGGUGAAGCAGGCCAUGCUGCAGCUCUACGUGCUCAAGCUGCUGAAGAUCCAGACCAAGUACCUGGGGCGCCAGUGGAGGAAGAGCAACAUGAAGACCAUGUCGGCCAUCUACCAGAAGGUUCGGCACCGCAUGAACGACGACUGGGCCUACGGCAACGACAUCGACGCCAGGCCGUGGGACUUCCAGGCCGAGGAGUGCACCCUGCGGGCCAACAUCGAGGCCUUCAACGGGCGCCGCUACGAGCGGGCGCGGCCGCCCGAGUUCUGCCCGGUGGACAACUGCCUGCAGAGCGUGCUGGGCCAGCACCUCGACCUGCCCCGGGACUUCCACUACUCCUACGAGCUCUGGCUGGAGCGGGAGGUGUUUUCCCAGCCCAUUCGCUGGGAGGAGCUGCUGCACUGCCAGUGAUGUGGGCC